CUGGAGCAAAAAUUGAAAAACAGCAAACAUGACGAUAAACGAGAUUACGCUAAUGCACUGCGUGUCGUCUUUAUUAUUCGCCGUCGCCGUCGCCGCCGUUAAUUCAACCUCUCCCCUCGUCGGUGUUCACCCAUUAGAUGAAGAGUAUUUCGACAAAGAUACUGUCAGAUGCAAAGAUGGGUAGUCUAAUCUGACACGUUCCGAGAGAGAAGAAGUCUUCUCAGUGCUUGAGGAUCUGCAGAAAGCAUCCACCUGAGAUUUGGUUCAGCAUUGAGGCUAGAGUAUAGAAUUCAAUGAAUAAUGGAGGCAAAACCUAAUGGUCCCACCUGCAUUUGCUUUGGUUUUGGCUGAUGAUGCUCGUCUUGUUUGGCUUUUCAGCAAUUUUGAUGAAGCCUAAGCUGCAGAAGAGUAAACUGAGCUCAGCUGGAGAAUCCAUGGAAUACAGAUCGAGCAACGGAUGCAAAGAGAACGAGUUCUACGUCGGUAUGUUGGGGCUAAGGAUCACCAGUGAUUCCAAGCAUCAUAUGCUACCAUUCUUGAAGGCCCACAUGGCUGCUUUGAAGAAGAGGGAGAGGAAAAACCGGAAGAAACCCACCUUUCUCAAAGCAGUAGCGAGAGUGAACUGGUUGUGGUUGCAAUCACUCUGUUACUUGAGGGUCUUGAUCGUGGUUUUCAAGUGGUGGAUGACUCUGUUCCAUGUGCUAGGGUUUGGGGUGAAGAUUGGGCAGCUCUUCUGGAGGCUAUGCUGCUGGUUCGUUGAUGGUGGGAUCGAGGACAAGUCUGGUCUCCCUGUUGGCUCUGUCGGUGAUCCGGAGAGGACGAAGAUGAUUACGAUGAAGAAGAAUAAGAUGUGGUUCUGGAACAAGAUCUCCGGCAGCGGGCUCAAGAUCCCGAGUUUCUCUCAUCAGUUUUUUGGCUCCGUUAGGUUCGGCAAGACAUGGUGGAGGAAGCUGGUGGUGGCUUGGGUUGUCUUCUGGGUUUAG